AUGUGUGGACUGACGGCGUUCUUAGGUCUGAACGGAGUUGAUCGCGAUGAGAGCACUACUGUGUCUUCCCACAGGCUGGCAUGUCAGAUAAACGACAAUCUAGACUUGGUCAAGCAUAGAGGUCCUGAUGCGCGUGGCCAGUGGAUCAGCCCUGACACUCGAGUUGGCUUCGGGCAUGUACGCCUUUCAAUCGUUGAUCUUAGCCCAGCCGGAAACCAGCCUUUCCACAGUGAAGAUGACACUAUCCAAGCCGUCGUCAAUGGAGAACUUUAUGACCACGAGCGAAUUCGAAGUGAGCUAGCUAACGAAUAUGAGUUUGUUAGCAAGAGUGACUGUGAGAUUGUCAUUGCCCUAUACCACCGUUAUGGACUGUCAUUCGUCUCUCACUUGAGAGGAGAAUUCGCUUUGGUACUUUGGGAUGCGAAACACAACCGUUUUAUAGCUGCGCGAGACAGAUAUGGCAUCAAGUCGCUCUAUUAUACCAUCAUCGAUGGAAGGCUUCACGUCGCAACUGAGAUGAAAUCUUUCUUGCCAUUUGGAUGGGUUCCAGAGUGGGACAUUGCCAAUCUUAAAGGAGUGGGAUGGAUGUAUGGAGCGAAAAUGUACUUCAAGGGAGUGCAUCGUAUCGAACCUGGUCAAAUGCUCGUGAGUGACAAUUUCCAGCCAUUCGAAUUGCAGACAUACUGGGAUUUAGAGUAUCCCGACAAGGCGAGUAAUAUCCACUCCCAGCAGACUAGGCUGGUAUAUGAAGGCACCGAAGCUGAGGCAGUCGCUCGAGUGCGAGAAUUGCUGCUCGAUUCGGUGCGGUUUCGACUUCGCGCCGAUGUGGGUGUUGGUGUGUUCCUGAGCGGCGGGCUGGACUCGUCUGCAGUUGCAGGCAUGACAGCGCAUCUGAUGAAGCUAAGCUGCUUCACGGUGCAAUUCGAGAAAGAGUCGGGGAUCGAUGAGUCCGAUAUUGCUCGGCGGACUGCGAAGUGGCUUGGAGUGGAUUUCCACGCAGUGUUGCUGGACGAAGAGACCAUCGCGUCUCGACUGGAGGAUACAAUCUGGUACACGGAAACGCCGCUCCCUGAUGUGGACGGGAUGGGUCGACUGGCUGUUGCAGAGGCCGCUCACAAUGCAGGAAAGAGAGUUGUUCUCACCGGCGAAGGAUCAGACGAACAUUUUGCAGGAUACAGUGACUUGAUGUGGAGCUAUUUGAGUGAGCCAGACCAAGCAUGGCCCGCAUCUUUACUAGCCGUCAACGGCAGCCGAGAAGAGAUGGAGGCUACCGUCAAUCAGAGAAUGGCACAAGCGGUAGCAAAAGUAACCGCCAAGUCAGGGACUGAACAUAGUCUCAGCCACACCUCUAUAUUUCCAGCACUUGCUUGGUUCAGUCAAUUACCCUUUCAGGCAUGGACAGAGAAAUACACCCAAGGUGACCCAGAAUUGUCCUUUUUCCGAAGCUUUCGUGAGAAGACUAUCAACGACAUGGAACAGAAAUGGCACUCGCUAAAUUCAUCUCAAUACGAGUGGACCAAGUCAAUGCUGGCAAAUGGUAUUCUUCGAUAUAUUGGCGACAAUAUAGACAUGGUUUUUCAGGUGGAGACGCGGCCACCGUUUCUCGAUCAUCGCCUCACAGAAUAUGUGAAUACUAUACCGCCAAGUCUAAAGAUAAGAUAUGAUCCAGAGAGAAAGAUCUUUCGUGAAGAGCAUGUUCUUCGCGAAGCCAUGAGACCAUUCAUCACCGAAGAGGUUUCGAAUCGCGUGAAGCAACCAUAUCUUGGUCCAACUAAAUACAAGGAAAAUGGACCUGUGUAUCACACUUUGAAGCGGUUACUUACAGAGACCAAUGUUCAGAACCUGGGCUUUGUUGACUGGGGCAAGGUCCAACCACACCUUCACACGCGCAUUUUAAGUACUCUCUUUGCGGCUCAACUUGUGGUACUGGCCCAAAGAUUUGGAGUAAAACCGGCAAGCGCGAUUUAG